GGCAAGGACAAGUACAUCAUGGCCAGCCUGCGGACCCCGCUCCUCGUGGCUCUCAUCCUUCUUGCUGUGGUCCUGCAGACUUCCGAUGCAGGUCCCUAUGGUACCAACGUGGAAGACACUAUCUGCUGCAGAGACUACAUCCGUCGUCCGUUGCCAUUACGUGUAGUGAAGGAGUUCUUCUGGACCUCAAAGUCCUGCCGCAAGCCUGGUGUUGUUUUGAUAACCUUCAAGAACCGGGACAUCUGUGCUGACCCCAGCAUGCCCUGGGUGAAGAGGAUUCUCUUCAAACUGACCUAGUGAGGAAGACCUGAUGACCAUGGACAUGGCCACUCCAGGAAGGCUCAGCAAGUCCUAUCCCGCUGCCGUCCAGCAAGAGCCUUGCCAACAAUGCUGCCUUCGCCAACCUCCAUGCCCUGGUCCUCACUCUGCCAGGCCUCUGGUCCUCCCACCUCCCCUCCAGCCCCUCUGGUCCUCCCACCUCCCCUCCAGCCCCUCCAGCCCCUCUAGCCAACAUGGCAGCUGAGGGAGCACAUUCUGGCCAGCCCUUUCCCAGCAUCCCCUCCACACUGCUUUAGCUAAGGCUACGGCCCUUGCUUUGGUGCCCUGGUCCUGCAGAUCUGGGUGCUUCCCUUUCCCCAGCCUAGGGAAGACCCACACGCUUCAAGUCUGUGCUACCCAGUUCCACUUCCUGGAAGGUUGCUGGUAUCUGGAAUGUUAUUCCUGCCAUUUGUACUCACCCAGCCACUCCCUCCCCUCUCAGACUUCCAUGGCUUCUGCCUUCUCUCAGUAGAAUUCUCAGGAUUUCGGGCUAAUCCACCAGGCCCUGGGGUUAGGCCAAGGUCUCCACCAGAG